AUGGCAGAGGAUCGACAUCGCCAGGAGUAUCCUCAGCAACAACGGCCCGAGGAUAUCAAGCAGCACCAACCUCUGCCCCCGUACUACCACCACGUCCCUCCUCGGGACGCACCCCCUGCGGAUACCGAAAGCAGUGCCCAUUCUCGAAGCACCAUGGCAACCUCAGUCACAUUGCCGUCCAUCCACGACUCCCGGCCCAGCGGCUACGGGCCUCCUCUUCCAGCUGGCCGAGGCUACGUGAGCGACCCGCGAUAUGCGUCUCCGAAUGCCGUCAAUGGCUAUCCACCACCCGGAAGCCAGCAGCAGCCGGCCGCAUACCUCCCUCCUCUGCAGCCUCAGUCAGACCCUCGGCCUGCAUACCCUCCACCCGAGCCGCGAGGUGCAUAUUACGACGACCGCCGUCCUCCUCCGCAUCCGGCCUAUCAUGACCAGUACUCCGCAGACUAUUACUACCGUGGACUCCCACAAGCCCACCACAACGGCUAUGCUCACGAUUACGCGCGCCCUCCUCCCGGCUACGCACAAGACUAUGGUCAGCCGGGUAUGGACCGCCCUCGAGAAGCUCCUAGGCAGCGGACCUCCAUUGCCUGCAGGUAUUGCAGAAAACGAAAGAUUCGCUGCAGCGGCCACCAGAAUGCCCCUGGCGGCAAGUGUCAGAACUGCGCCCGUAUGAACCAGGAAUGCAUCUUCCAGCCCGUGAGCUCGUCAAGCUCCACGGCCUUUAUCCCUGUCUCGGCCGUCCCCGGAGGCGUGCCGCCCGGGACGCAGUUAUUCGGAGCCUACGGCCAGCCUCUCGCCCCGAGCACCGUGCCUCACCCUCAUCCUCACCCUCACCCUCACCCGCAUCACCCGCAACACCACCCGCAACAUCCGUCUCACGCCUAUCCUCCGCCGGCAGGUCCGCCCCACCACCCGCCCGGGCCUUAUUACCACCCGCCGGCCCAGUCACCCACCGAUUCAUAUUCCUCUUACGGGGACCUGAGGGGAGACCCGAGAGGAGAUAUGAGGGGGGACCUGCGGGGGGAACCCAGAGGGGAGCUCAGGGCAGAUGACCAGAAGGUAGGGCGCAGACGUCGCAGGUCGUCGCAAGAUCUGGAUGACGCAUAUAGGCUGCCUCCUCCUCGAGCUGGCGGGAUGGACGACGAUCACCGGCGAAGAUCGCCCGCCGAGCUUUCCAACAAUAGCAGCCCCAGCAGCUUAAGCUACUCGCGUUACUCGGGAGCUGCCAGACACAGCCCCCGAAACCCAGCUCUACCGCACCCCUCCAGUGUCGGCACUGCUGAUGGGCGCUCCCCCAUCACGCAGCAAAAUGGAUCAAGCGGAUCAUCGACUCCGGCGCGAUCGGGCCCUCAGACCAGCCAGUCGCAGCAGUCAAGCUCCAUCAUGAGUCUCAGCAACCUCGUGGACAAGAACGACAUCGACAAGACGAUGAUUGAGCGCCUCAACCGACCUCGAGACACUAAUUCUGGCCAGAGCCAGAGAGAGGCCUCUCGCUAA